GCUGUCAUCUUCGGCUGUGUAGGUCAUCAAUCAACAAGACGCAGCUGAGCCGUGGAUGGGAGUUCUGCUUCUGGUGCAAUCCCCGUAGUCUAAACCCUUGACCUGCUGGCACACAUAAGGAUGAAAAACGGGGUACUUGGCGCUCUGAUUUUGCUGCUGGUUCAAGAAUCAGUAACGCAGAGCGUGACAAACAAUUCCAGUGGUAAUAGUUUGGUGUCAGCUAUGCCAAGCACGGGGAUUACGGGAGGAAACUAUCAAGAUAACACUGACUACACGUCGAUUCUACGAGGUGCUUUAGCACGUGGCUUCGCCAGCAUCCCGGCUUCUGUGAAGUUCAAGCUGCUGAGAGCUCACGUGAGCCCGGAGUGCAAGCGGGGCCUGCUGAGACUGCUGCGUGGCUUUCUCAAGCUGGAGCCGUGGGCCAUAAGACUUUUCGACGCCUCUGGAAAGUACCCGACGGGACUGUUCCAAAACUCACGUGCCGACAUGGGCGCCUUCGACGAGUGCAUCGAAACAGUGGUGCAUGACAAAAACGGAAACGUGCUCACUCGAGGCCAGUAUUGCAACCUCGUUGCAUACAUCAAGAAUAGCACUGCAAUAAAAGGCACCAUUGAGGAUUGGUCGAACGUCCUGCACCCAAAGUUUCAGUAUUUCAAGAACUACUCCAACUUGGUGGACGUCCCCUUUUUUCGCCUGGGAAUUUGCUUCAUAGACCUGUGUGGACAAGACGACUUACAAGUUCUCGUGGACCUGUUGAAAUUGUCCCUGGUUCGUCUUGAAGUGUCAAAUUGUGUAACUUCGGAACCGGAGCCCUGGACUACAACGCAAAUUGCGAUCACGUCCUUUCUUGGUGUACUUCUAGUAAUCAUCAUAUCUGCUACUACAACGGAUUACAUCGUGAAAAUGAAGCCGGAAAAGAACAAGAAACGCAGCACCUUUCUCGAAUUCGUUGUGGCCUUCUCCGCCGCUUCGAACACGCGUGACCUGCUCAAGGUGGCCGACAAGUCGAAUGCUGACCUGUACGCCAUGCAGUUCUUGCACGGCAUGCGCUUCUUGUGUCUUAUUCACCUCGUGAUCGGUCAUUUUUACACGACACUGUCGGACUCUUGGUCACGUUUGCUGAACAUGUUCAUCAGUUCUGACCAUUGGACUCACAUUAUCAUCUCAGCAGUCUUCAACAGUGUGAGCACAUUCUUUUUUCUGAGUGGAUUUCUUCUGUGCUUUACUACGAGCAGACAAAAAAGAAACGGGCUUCUUGUCUUCAUUAUAGACGUGGUGAAAAGGCUUAUAAGGUUUUGCUUACCUCUGUUCUUCGUCAUCAUGUGCUUGUAUCUACUUCCCCAUUUUGUCACUGGGCCGGACACCAGGACAUGCUUUCAAAAGAUUUUCGAUGAAGUCAGCAAUCACUGGUGGCAGUUGCUUCUCCAGAUCAGGAACUUCUAUGAGAUUACCGUUUGGGAUUCAUUGGCAGGUUCCUGUCCUGGAACGCCUUCGUGCCAUUGA